UGAUUGCUGCUCAUCUGGUUCUCUUACAGAUUUCUUCAUAUUCACUCAACUGCUCAACAAACCUGAGAAAUAAUUUGCAAAUGGACCAAUGAAACACCUGACAUUUUGUUAUUCCAGAAGAAAAGCAUUCAAGUUGCCCAUCUUUUGCUGUUUGCCCCUAUUCAAGAAAGAACUCUUCAAGCAACAGCAAUCACCUCUCUUAGCUCUCAAGAAAAACAAAAGGCUACCAGCAUACCCACCAGAGUAGGCAGAAGAAGUGAGGAGGAAAGCAGAAAGAGAAACCAGCUUACUGCUAUCUCACUUUGCCUCUCAGCCAUAUUUCCCAUGACUCACAACCAGAUGCAGCACCAGAAAGUCUUCCUGAGAAGCAUUGCAGAUGAGAAAGAUCAGCAGCAACCACAGCAGGAAAUAAGAGGGUAAGAUAAGCAAAGAGAGGAAAAUGCAUUCCAAGAAUUCUAUCUUUGUCCUUUUCCUUAUCCUCUCAACCAUUUCCUUCCUUAGACUCUUCAGGUUUACAAGCAUUACCACACCUCCUACACUAUCCUCUUCUCCAAUUCUUUCAAAUUCAUGUGCUUCUACAAAUCCUAUGCCUGUGAAACGCCUUGCUCGACUGUCUCAUGCAAUGAAACCUUCCACCAGACCCCCUUCUGAAGACAUCCUCAGCUUAAAAGAGCACCAGCUCCUCCAAAAUCUUAUAACCCAAAGAGCCCCCUGCAACCUCCUCUUUUUUGGACUCAAAGCACAAUUCCUUGACCUUGCCAUGUUGAACGCUGAAGGAACUACUAUCUUUCUGGAAGAUGACCAUGAAAAGCUCAGAACCCCAAAACUCAAAGGCAUGAGAGUGUAUUUGGUUAAAUACAAUGACAAAGCUAGUGAAGCAUAUGAGCUACUUAAACAUGCUAGAACAAACCCUGCCUGCACAUCACAAGAAGGUCUCCUCCAUAAAUCGCAUUGCAAGCUAGCACUGACUGGGCUGCCAGAGAUAGUGUGCAAGAGAAAAUGGGAUGUGGUGGUCAUCGAUGGGCCAAGAGGAGACCAACCAGAGGCACCAGGGAGGAUGGGGGCAAUCUACACAGCUGCCAUGAUUGCAAGAUCUGGUAAGACAACGGAUGUUUUUGUUCAUGACAUAGAUCGGAUGAUUGAGAAGUGGUACUCUUGGGAGUUCUUAUGUCAUGAAAAUUUGGUUUCCUCCAAGGGAAACUUAUGGCAUUUUAGAAUAAGAGGAAACUCCAGCUCUGCUAGGUUUUGCCCUGAGGCUGUACCUCAGAUUCAGUAGUUUCUGUUUUUCUUUUUCACCUUGUAGAUAUGGAAUAGUUAUUGAUUAUGAAAUCACAUUUAGAUGCAAUUUUUUUUUUUUUUUUGUACACGUAUUGAGUAUCUAAGACAGGGAAAAACUUGAUCAGAGUGUUUAUGGUUUUCACCAUCAUUUUGGAUUUUUGGUCAAAGAUGAGAGAAGUGAAAGCUCAAUUAGAGGAAUAUGAGCAAAUCAUACGUUCUUGCUAUUCCUGACUUCCAAGUCUAGGUACCUCAAGAACAAGAAUCUAAAUCACCAAACCACAACUCCUUACCAGAGCAAUAAUGCUGUAAAAAGAAAUGGUGAAAGCAGCAAAUUUUUUUCCAGUAUAACACUUCAGGAGCCAGCAUAAAGUAUAAUAAGGAAAACAAGUUAAAGGCUAAUUGAUCCAUGUCAUAAUUUUGCAUGAUGGAAAAGCUUGAUAGACAAAAUUGUGAGCAGCUGGAGAAAGAAAGCUUUUCUAAGCAAUGGUGUAGUGAAGCACUGUAUUUACUAAAUUUGAUAAGGAGGUUGAUUUCCAUUCAAGAUGUUUCACAGUCAAGGGCACAUUUAUAAACUGAAGCCUUCCUAUGAUUUUGAAAACAAAAAAA